AUGAAAAAAUUUCUUAAUUAUCUUAAAACAUCUACAACAGAAUAAUAAGAGCCUAUCACUCAAAAUCAGUCAGAUCAAGAACAUUUUCUUAUUUUGGUUAGUGAUUUAAUUAAAUACCAAAAUGAACCAACCAAUCCUACCAAAAUCAUCCCUGUCAUUAAAUAAAUCAUCCUAUAUGCUAUUAAAGGAGAUAAUGAAUUACAUAAGUAAUUAUUUGAAUAAUUUAUGGAAAUUGAUAUUCUCAAUAGAUUAUAUGACAUCUUAUAACGAAGAUUAUGUCAUCAUUAAUUAAUCUAAGAAGUAAGACAAAAUCAAUUAAUAUUUAUAGAUUUUUGAAUAGGUAAGUUCAUUAUUGAUCAAUGUAAAGGAAAUAACAAAUAAGAAUUACAUUUUAUCCCAUUCUAGCAUUUCAAAUAUGGUUUUAUGGAAACAUUCGUUUGAAUAAUAUUAACCUAAUAUUGAGAUUGUAGAAACAUAUAUUAGCUUUUUAAAUUUGUUGGCAGUGAAAUUAGAUGACAUUACUACAAUGUUUUUUAUUAAUCUCAAAUAUCCAUAGUUUCCUCUUUUAUGGAAUGCUAUCAGAUUCUAUAAUCAUCCUGAAUUGAUGGUGAGAAAUAAAAGUAGAUCAAUAGUUCUUCAUAUUCUUAAUAGUAAUAUUCUGUUAUAUCUUUUUUAGUCAAAAAUCAAAACAUUAUAGCUUAUACCAAUAGCUUCCCAUUUCUAUAAUAUUAUUUCAACUUGGGAAAUUAAGUUUUGCUCACUAUCAAAUAGAUUAAUGUGAUUGUUGAAAAAAUUAAGUGGAGAUUUGAAGGAUAAUAAUAAGAACAAUUAACAACACUAUCUGAAGAAUUAAAAGAACAAUUAUAAUAUAUUCACGAUCUCUUUACAAAUAAUUAAUAUUUAGAAUAAUUAAUAUUAGAUUAUGCUAUAUAGAGACCUAUAAUUCAAUUAAGUUAAGUUAUCAAAUUUGGUUAUGUAAAUUAUUAUGAUAAUUCAUAUAGUAACAUUUUCAUAUUGCUGUUGCUCUUUAAGCAUUCUUAUUAUUUUUAUUAUACUUUAGAACAAAUGCUAAAAUCAUCUAAUAUAUAUAUUAUGUUUUUCUAUCCUAAGACAAAUCAAAAAUUAUUAUAAAUGAAGAUCUUUGGGGAUAUUCAAAUGCAUAUGAUAAUGACUAAAAUUUUAUCAAAAAGUUAUGUCUUUAAAUCUAUUAAACUUUAUAACCUAUUGAUUUAUCAGAUCUGAAACAUGAGAAUUUAGAAAUUAAAAUGAGUUUAUAAUAAUUGAAAUAAGUGGAUUGCAUAAUUUUAUAAUAAAUAAUUGAAAGUGAGAUUUUAAUGUAGGAAAGUUAAGUCUUAAAUAGCAUUUAUUAACAUUGUUCAAAUAAGGAAGUACUAAUUUAUGUACUACUUUUUAUGAAGGAAUUAGCCAAUCCAUAAAAUAUAUAAUCCUAUUACUAAAAUGUAAUUAUUAUUGUAUACUUUUAGAUCCUUAAAUUUGCAUUAGAAUAAGAUUAGUAAUUGAUUGUUUCUAUUUUAUCACUAGAUAUCAUCUAUGCAUUUAAAUAAUCAUUGGAUCCUUAAAAUUAUAUUUUAUAAUUAUAUCAAUAGAUAUUGGCAGAACUUAUUUUAAAUAUCAAAACAUCUUAAUUAUUUUUAGAUUAGUUAAUCGAUAUUUUUAAAAAGUACAAAAUAAUUUUAUUCUAGGAAAUUCUUACCAAUCAAAAGAGAAUUCAUUAUUGACUAAUAAAUCAAUGUUCAUUAAGAAAAGUAUGCCAUACUCUUUGAUCCAUACAGUUCAUUGGCUAAAAUAUAGAAACUAGAAUAUUGUAUUAUAUUGUCUUAGCAUCAAAUUUUUGAGAAUCUACCUAAUAUUAAUGAGUAAUAUCCUGAGCUGACAAAACUUGCAGUACCAAUAUAUUAAAUAGGGGAUAAACCUAAUUGUACUAAAAUAGCUUGUUAAUAUAGUGAAACAGGACAUUUUUAUAAUAUGGAAACAUAGUAAUUUUAAUUUCUAUUUAGUUUUAUCUUAAAUGUUGAUAACUUUUUGCAUGUUGUAUAAUUAGAUGAAUAAGGAGUUAUUGUUGAUGUGAUAUGUUCAAAAUUAUGGUAAUUACUCUAAGUUUAUGGAAUAGAAAGAGUAUAAGUUCUCCAAUUUACUUACUUUGAUUUCUCAAAAGUAUUAAAAUCAAUAUUAUUAAUAGUUUUAUUUGAGAUUAUAAAAUUUCGAUGAUGUUAAAUACAUAGAUUCCCUAGCUUCAUAAUAGUAAUAAUAAUUUGGGGAUUGGUUCAAAUAGCUACUUAUUUAGAAAUUAGAGAAAUUAUAAUAAGAAAACCAGGUUAUUAUUAAAUGA